UGCAGACAGAAACACACCUUCUGAACCUCAGCGCACCGGCUGGACGCGCUGCAGACGCGGAAAGCUCCACAUCCUCAACUCUCGGUGCACUUGUUACAACAAUAGAGAUGAUGGAAACCUGAGGUGGAUGUCCGGCUGAGUGAGGAAAAACCAUCCCGGCAGGAGACUGAAUCCAAAGCUGCCGGAUCCCAUCUGUGCCAACACAGAGAAGGGAUUUACGGUUUACACUGUGCUGGCGGAGGUCCAGCUUCUUCCCCGCAGCUGCUUGGAAGUUACAGCAAAAUAAUAAAAGGAAAAAAAAGUCUCUGUUUACUCAUCACACCACCUCUUUCAUCCUCCCCUUUUCUCUUCUGUAUCCUGGCUGCAAGUUAUUUCCCUUUUCACUCCUGUGCCUCAAGGGAACGAUUACAUCGCUAACUGGACCUCAUCUCAGCCCAUUCUGCCAACCAUUUAUUCACAUCAAAAUGAACUCUUCCUCUUCUAUUACAUCCCUGUUCUCCUUCACCAGCCCUGCAGUUAAGCGUCUGCUCGGCUGGAAACAGGGGGAUGAGGAGGAAAAGUGGGCAGAAAAAGCUGUGGAUUCUCUGGUGAAGAAACUAAAGAAGAAGAAAGGAGCUAUGGAGGAACUAGAAAGAGCCCUCAGCUGCCCUGGCCAGCCCAGUAAGUGUGUGACGAUUCCACGGUCACUGGAUGGGAGGCUGCAGGUGUCCCACAGGAAGGGCCUUCCCCAUGUCAUCUACUGCAGGGUGUGGCGCUGGCCUGACCUCCAGUCUCACCAUGAGCUGAAACCCCUGGAAUGCUGCGAGUUCCCUUUUGGCUCCAAACAGAAGGACAUUUGCGUCAAUCCGUACCACUAUAGGCGUGUGGAGACUCCAGUGCUUCCACCAGUUCUGGUCCCACGUCACAGCGAGUUCAACCCUCAGCACAGUUUACUGGCCAAGUUCAGGAACGCCUCCCUGAACAAUGAACCACUGAUGCCACAGAACGCCACCUACCCAGACUCUUUCCCGCCGCUUCCUGUCUCCUCCUUCUCCUCCUCUCCAGCUUCCUCCCUUGCACAGUCCCCCACCUCACAGAGUUACCCCAACUCCCCCAGCAGCUCUGCAGAACCAGGCAGUCCAUAUCACAUCACAGCGGAGACUCCUCCACCGCCGUAUAGCAUCAUGGAGACAAAAGCUCCGGAGGACGUGAAGCCAAGCAACUCCACCGAAACCACAAAACUCACAUUUUCUGCCCCACACAGAGAUAUGAGACCCGUUUGUUACGAAGAGCCUGAGUACUGGUGCUCCAUAGCCUACUAUGAGCUCAACAACCGGGUGGGAGAGACAUUCCACGCCUCAUCUCGCAGCGUCUUGGUGGACGGCUUCACAGACCCUUCCAAUAACAAGAACCGAUUCUGUCUAGGUCUACUUUCCAAUGUCAACCGCAACUCCACCAUCGAGCACACACGCAGACACAUAGGAAAAGGUUUGCAUCUGUACUAUGUGGGUGGGGAGGUUUAUGCCGAGUGUCUGAGCGACAGCAGCAUCUUUGUGCAGAGCCGCAACUGCAACUUCCAGCAUGGCUUCCACACCUCCACCGUCUGCAAGAUCCCCAGCGGCUGCAGCCUGAAGAUCUUCAACAACCAGUUGUUUGCUCAGCUUCUCGCCCAGUCCGUCAAUCAUGGCUUUGAGGUUGUCUAUGAGCUCACCAAGAUGUGCACCAUCCGCAUGAGCUUUGUCAAGGGUUGGGGGGCCGAAUACCACCGCCAAGAUGUGACCAGCACCCCCUGCUGGAUCGAAGUGCACCUACAUGGACCCCUGCAGUGGCUUGACAAGGUCCUCACGCAGAUGGGCUCCCCGCACAACCCCAUCUCUUCGGUUUCAUAACAUAAAGGCACACACACACUUCUAAGUGUGUGCCUGCUGUGUUUACACAGGUAGUGAGAUGUUCUGCUUAGUUUUCUGUCCGUUAUUUCGUCACAUUUCAUGACUACUGUGCUGUUCACUGCUAAAGUUUAUUCUACAACUGCUCUUUUAUUUAAAAUGAUGUAAACACUUGAUGUGAUUUCAAUAGUUUCAAGUAUAAUGAAGCAUUUCUGGAUUUUUUCAGACACUUUAGCUGCACAAAGACUAAAUGGGAUAUAUUUGGAGGUACUGUUAUAGUUAUUUGUGGUGUAUUUUCAUGUGUUGACUGAAUGUAUUAUUUACUUUUUAUAUUUUCUCAGUUAAAGUUUUUUUUUUUCUUUUUUUACAUAUGUCU